CGAGCGAUCGAAGCUACGUGCUAGCAGAUAGCUUUUGUUGUGAUUGACUUUUGAAGGGAUUAUUUCUAGUCCAGCAGCUUCGACUAAAAAGCGUCCGUUGAGACACUUUGCACAAUGAGUGGUGGAGUGUAUGGAGGCGAUGAGGUGGGAGCUUUGGUGUUCGACAUAGGUUCAUAUUCUGUAAGAGCUGGCUAUGCGGGAGAGGAUUGUCCCAAGGCGGACUUCCCAACAGUGAUAGGUGUUACUAUUGACCGGGAUGAUGGCAGUACGCCCAUGGAGACAGACGGUGACAAGGGCAAGCAGAGUGGCACCACCUACUACAUUGAUACCAAUCAGCUGAGGGUUCCCCGAGAGAACAUGGAGGUCAUGUCUCCUCUAAAGAAUGGCAUGAUCGAGGACUGGGACAGUUUCCAGGCAAUUUUGGAUCACACUUAUAAGAUGCAUUUCAAGUCUGAACCCAGCUUACAUCCUGUGCUCAUGUCAGAAGCAUCGUGGAACACGCGAGCAAAACGAGAGAAGCUUACAGAGUUGAUGUUUGAGCAUUACAACAUUCCUGCCUUCUUCCUCUGUAAAUCAGCUGUGUUGUCUGCCUUUGCCAACGGGCGGUCUACAAGUCUGGUCCUGGACAGUGGUUCCACACACACGACAGCAAUUCCAGUACAUGAUGGUUAUGUCCUUCAGCAAGGCAUUGUAAAAUCACCUUUGGCCGGUGACUUUAUGAGCAUGCAGUGCAGGGAGUUGUUUCAAGAGCUAAAUGUGGAGAUAAUCCCUCCCUACAUGAUUGCAUCAAAGGAUCCAGUGCGGGAGGGAGCCCCAGCUAGCUGGAAGAAAAAGGAGAAACUACCUCAAGUCACUCGGUCGUGGCACAACUACAUGUGUAAUUGUGUAAUCCAGGAUUUCCAGGCAUCUGUCCUGCAGGUGUCAGACUCUCCAUAUGAUGAACAAGUUGCUGCUCAGAUGCCCACGGUGCACUAUGAGCUCCCUAAUGGCUACAACUGUGACUUUGGAGCUGAGAGGCUAAAGAUCCCAGAAGGGCUGUUUGACCCCUCUAAUGCCAAGGGCCUGUCUGGAAACACGAUGUUAGGAGUUGGCCACGUCGUGACGACCAGCGUAGGAAUGUGUGACAUUGACAUUCGGCCUGGUUUGUACGGCAGUGUGGUGGUGACGGGAGGAAACACACUCAUUCAGGGCUUCACUGACCGACUAAACAGAGAACUUUCCCAGAAAACCCCUCCGAGCAUGAGGCUGAAGCUGAUUGCCAACAACACUACGGUGGAACGUCGGUUCAGUGCAUGGAUAGGGGGCUCCAUCCUGGCAUCACUUGGAACCUUCCAGCAAAUGUGGAUAUCUAAACAGGAGUAUGAGGAAGGAGGAAAGCAGUGUGUGGACAGAAAGUGUCCUUGACUCGACAUCCAGACUCUGCUUUCCCAUCUGCUUUAACUAGCUCAACAUCACGAGGCAUCCACCUCUGACCCAGACUCAGGAACAGUCGACUAUUAUUUUGUAUGUUUUGUUUUUAAAACUGAGCUGGUCGCCUGUCAGGAUCUUAAGAGAAAAAAACUUCCAACUCCUCAAGAUCCUUGUAUUUUCUUUAAUUACCCAAAACAGUUACUGUUGCCUUAUCUGUUACCUGUUGAUGGAAACUUUGCAUCAUCAAAAGUUGUUUCUAAUCACACAGCGGAGAGAUAAGUGAGCAAAAAAUUUACAGGAUUUCUGCAGAGAACUGGUAAGGUAAGACAUUGUGUGAUGAGGGUCUUCAUUUGGAGGAAGCAUCAAUUAGCUGGAUAUGAAUGUCUUUUGUUAAUGUCAUUUUGUGUACUUCAGGAGCAGUGCCAGUGAGUUGUUGCCCUUGGUUAGUCAUAUUUCAGCUAAAAUCUGUAUUUAACUUUCAUUUUUAAUUGUCAUUGGCUACAUAUGAUGUUUGAAAAAUAAAGUCAUUUUUGUUAUGGUUAA